AUGUUCAUCAAGAUCGACUCCGGCGACUCCUCGGAGUGCUUGGUAGGGUGCACGUUGUUAGCGCUGGACCCUUUCGACACUGACUUGCUGGUGGAAUGGGAUGACCGUAGCACGUGCGACGACAGCGCCGGAUGUGAAGUGAAUACGGGGGACACCCUGGCCAGAUGGACAGGCUGUGGCAGUUUUGACGCUUCCAGGUGCUUGUGGGCGGCAAGUUCCGGAGAAGAUGGUUCCGACGACUGCACGUGCUCGGUAUGCGGCAGUGUUAAUUCUUAUGGGUCCUCGUACAUGAGCGACUAUCCCACGUGGACUAGAAUUGCCUGCUACAUUGCGGACAUGGAAGCCAUCGGAUUUGAUGCAAGCGUGUGCGUUGCUGCGGUGGUCGACGAUGGCGUGAUGGCCUGCGUGGAUGAAGCGUACGAGAUACCCACGUUCGAGCAGUUCAGCUGCCCUUCUACUUACUUAACCCUCGCAACAUCUAGUAACUGCGAGUUCGAUGGGUCCCUGAGGGAGGCAGAAGAAAUGUUCGCAACUAUCGGGACUUCCGCGGAGUCUGACGACGUCAUCGGGUACGACGACGAUGAAGACGACUAUGCGGUAGAUGAUGAGAUGGAGGGCUGUUUCGCACGUUUCCAAGCGCAUUCUGUCUGCGAGCGUUUUCGGACGCAUGAAAGGUUGUUUGCGCCGAACGCCGCGGGACAUCACCCAAUACUGAUUGAGAAACCGUUUUCGAGAAUCGAAGAAUAUACCGAAUAA